AAAAAAUAAUAAUCCUCAAACAACUAGAUUUUUUCUCCUUUGGUAAUAAACUGUUACUGUUUGAUAAUAGUAAUAAUAAUAAAAGUAAGAAACAUAAAAGAAACAUGGAUGGACAAAUAGUCACGAACCGCUGUUUCCGCUCCACCUCUCGUUUCUCCUCACCGGCGUCCAAAAAGUUAGAUAGAGAAGCCAGAAACAUGCCAGGAAGGCAGAGAGAAGCGAUUUUUCUCUUUCACCACCACCUUCUCUGGCCAUCAUCCUUUAUAUUUUUCUCUGAUAAUUUUCCUGAUCUAUUUUCCGAGAAAAAAGUAGAGGAAAAAUGAGCGUCAUUGAUAUCCGUUUCCGAGUCGAUGCCGUAUGCAAGAAGUACGACAAGUACGAUAUCGAGAAGCAGCGCGAGCUCAAUGCCUAUGUCAAUGAUUCCUUUGCUCAAAUCUUUCAUGCCAUUGAAAAUGAAAUCAAUGCCACUAUUCGAAAAGCGGAAUUGGCUUCAACAGAAACAAAUAGAGCUUCUGCUGUUGCAAUGAAUGCAGAGGUUCGUCGGACUAAAGCUCGAUUGAUGGACGAAGUUCCAAAGCUUAAAAAAUUGGCUCAGAAGAAAGUCAAAGGGAUCUCGAAAGAAGAGCUUGAAAUUCGUAAUGAUCUGGUUCUUGCAUUACCAGAGAGGAUUCAAGCCAUACCAGAUGGGACUAUGAAUGCAGCCAAAGAAACUGGGGGAUGGGCAUUUUCAUCUUCUCAUAAAAAUAUAAAGUUUGAUUCAUCAGAUGGAAACUUUGAUAGUGAUUUUUUCCAACAAACUGAAGAAUCAAGCAAAUUCAAGCAGGAGUACGAAAUUAGGAAAAUGAAACAGGAACAAGGUCUUGAUAUCAUAUCAGAAGGACUGGAUACACUGAAAAAUUUGGCCCAUGAUAUGAAUGAGGAAUUGGAUAGGCAAGUGCCAUUGAUGGAUGAUAUUGAUACGAAGGUGGACAGGGCAACAGCUGAUCUUAAAAAUACCAAUGUUAGGCUCAAGGAAACUAUUAACAGGGUGAGGUCCAGUAGAAAUUUCUGCAUUGACAUCAUUCUGCUGUGUGUAAUUCUGGGAAUUGCUUCCUACCUAUACAAUGCACUGAAAUGAAUUUACGUGGAAAGACUUCUGCUAAAGCUUAUUGAAUUAUUACUUCUCUGGUAUUAUAUUCUUCCAUUAUGUGAGGGCUUCAUUUGCAUCUUUCCAGCAUCUUCAAUUUGUGAUUUCUUAAUGCUCUUCAAAGUCAAAAUGAGGCUUGGCCUCUUUAUUGCAUUCCAAGGGAAAGGAAAAGAAGACUUUAACAGCAUAUUACUUUUGUCUGAUUAUUUUCAAAAGAGUCAACGAUGCUAAACUGAGAGUUCAUUGGCAAAAAAUAUACUCCUGUGAAUGAGACUUGAAUGUGGAACUUAUCUCAUAAAACAUUUCAAUCUUGAGAGCUUUGUUCUCUUUGUACUUGUUAGUUGUAAUUUAUACCUUUUUUUAUUUUCCAUUGAAUAAAACUGUCUACCUACUAAAAAAAUAAUGAAUCCCCUAUUGCUCUC